AUACUUGAUGACGAACAAAUAGAAAAUAUACUUAAUGAAGACAUUGAAUGUGUUGAUUCAACAUAUGAACACACAGAACAAAUCUUGAAUGAUAUUCAAUUACACAAUUUAGGAGAUGGUUCAAUUUUUACAGGUAUUCGUUGUGUAGCGCAUACUCUACAACUAGCAGUUAUAGACAGCUUAAAAGAUGGUGGUGUGGAUAAAUUGUUAAAUAAAGUUCGCAUAUUAGUUCGAAAACUGCGUAAUCAAACUUUUAUAUAUUUGAUAAAAAAGGAAAAACUUAAAUUACCAAUUUUGGACUGUUUGACUCGUUGGCAUUCAACAUAUGACAUGAUAGAGAGGAUACAAUAUUUAAAAGAGUUUAUACAAAUUAUGGUUGCAAAUGACCCCAAAUUAAAAAAAAUUAGUUUGAAUAAUUUUGAUUGGCAGCAAGUUGAAAUUCUUGCAAAAACUUUACUACCGGCCAAACUUUGUACAAAAAAACUCCAAAGUGAACAAUUGACAUUGUCAGAUUUUUAUAGUACAUGGAUUUCGUGCAAAAUUGAAACACGUGCACUGGAGAAUCCAUUUUCUAAUAAAUUAGUAAAAUGUAUGGAAUAUAGGGAACAAUUCAUCAUGAAUAAUAAAGUGUUAUUGGCAGCAAUAUUUCUAGAUCCCCGUUUCAAGGUAACAUUAAGUGAAAUUCAGUAUGAUAUGGCCAUUAGUCAUUUAAUUUCUAUUUGGGUUUAUUUAAAAGAUAAAAAAUUAAACUCAAAAGAUAAUCAUGAAAAUGAAAGUAUGGAAGACCAAAUGGCUGAAAAUGAUAAAUCCAAUUUUAAUCAAAAUUCUGAUCGUCUUGAACAAUUUUUACAAGAAAGAGAAAGUGUUGAA